GGAUUUUUCGUCGAUAAAACAGGAAAAAAACUUUGAUAAAAUACAAAUGAUCGAGUGUUUGUUAUUUUCACUGGAGAACCUGUGAGUUCUGGAAUUCUGAUUGUUUAUAAUUAAUUGCGAGAAGUGAUUCUAAACCAUGACAGACGACAAGAUCGUCAGUUCCACUGAGAAAGCGGAAUUAACGGAGAGUAAUCCGAGCAAAGAGAAUCAGAGUGCUAAUGUUGACGAUGAGAAGGAGAAAGUUAAGGGGGAGGACACCGGCGAAAAGGGAAAUUGUAGGAAUGCCGCAAACGGGGAUGCUAGCAAUUGUUAUUGUGGGAAGGACAGGAACCUCAAUAUCGCGGAAUUACUGUGCGCCAGUUGUUCGAGAUGGUUUCAUGAGUCAUGCAUUGGCUAUCAGUUAGGCAAAUUAGUUCCAUUCAUGAUGAAUUACAUAUUCAUGUGUAAAAAUUGUUCUCCAACUGGCCUGGAGAGUUUCAAGAAGAAUCAAGCCCAAUUUCCACAAAUGUGCGUCACAGCGAUAGCUAACCUCCUUCAGAUAGCCCAGAAGGAUCCAGAGCAACGAAUGCUGUUCAAUAAAGACCGAGAUAUCAUUCCAUUUAUCGAGUUACACUGGGAAAGUAUGACGACAAUGCCUAGGAGAGUUACCCAAUCUUGGCACGCGACAAUCCACAGAGCAUUGUUGAAAGAUGUUGGAACUCUGUUCACGAUGGAUGAGAACAACACGGAUGGACAAUUAUUUGGAUUGACAACCCCAGACCUUGUGCUCAUUAAACCCAAUUACGAGGCUAUGAUUAAAGGUGGGCAUUUGAAGAUAACUGAGAUGGGAGUCCAACAUGUGGUACCGUUGGGCUCCGGGCUUAGAGGACGAAACGCUAAACGUAAAUUGCCGGGUGAGGGCACAGGGACUGGUCCAGGAAAGAAGGGACGGGGAUCGGAUCUAUCCACUCCAAAAUUACCAGCGCAUGGAUAUCCACUGGAACAUCCAUUCAAUAAAGAUGGGUACAGAUACAUUCUGGCUGAACCCGACCCACACGCUCCAUUCAGACAGGAAUUCGAUGAAAGCAGUGAUUGGGCUGGCAAACCAAUUCCCGGCUGGUUGUACCGAGCCCUGAGUCCCAGCACAGUCCUCCUAGCUCUACACGAUCGAGCCCCUCAGAUGAAGGUAUCAGAAGACAGACUGGCUGUUACUGGAGAUAAGGGUUACUGCAUGGUUAGGGCAACCCACAGUGUCUCCAGGGGGACUUGGUACUGGGAGGCAAGCAUCGAGGAAAUGCCAGAGGGUUCGGCUACUAGACUUGGCUGGGGGCAGGACUAUGCAAACCUCCAAGCUCCUCUGGGAUACGAUAAAUUCGGGUAUUCUUGGAGGUCCAGAAAAGGGACAAGAUUCCAUGAGAGCAGGGGGAAACACUACAGCAAUGGAUACGGUGAGGGCGACACUUUAGGGUUCCUCAUCAUUCUACCGGAUGCCUAUGACUCUUCACAUAUUCCGAAUACAUAUAAAGAUCGUCCUUUAGUGAAAUUCAAAUCCCAUCUUUACUACGAAGAGAAAGAUCAAGUUGCUGAAGCGCUGAAGGCACUCAAGCCACUCCCGGGAAGUAAAAUAGUAUUUUAUAAGAAUGGAGUAUCGCAGGGUGAGGCGUUCAUCGAUAUGCACAGGGGUGGCUACUACCCAACUGUUUCUAUUCAUAAAAGUGCAACAGUUUCAGUCAACUUCGGACCUAAUUUUAAAUUCCCUCCGCAAGACACUUCCUUCCGUGGGAUGUGUGAUAAAGCGGAAGAAGCAAUGGCUGAGCAGUCAAUGGCAGACAUGCUCUAUCUCAACGAAAACGAGGGAAAGCUCAGACUGGACACGUAUUCCUUAUGACAUUAAUGAAAAUUUUCAUUUCGAUUUUUCAUUCUGUUUUGCGUUAAAUUCGAAUAAACGGUGGUGAAAAAUUAUGAUCAUAAAUGUUUUUCAACUCACGCCAAUCGUUGUGGAUAAUAACUGUAUUCAUAAUCCUCGUCGAUAUUGUAAAUUCAUAAAACGAGGUUUGAAGUGGAUAAUAAAUGAUAAUUUUCAAAAUG